ACGCACUUGGUCACGUGCUGCUUUGUGUGAGCUACUAGCGAACCCCAUGUUGGAAACCCGUACGGGGUUGUAAUGUCGUUUCAAGGGGGAGUCGGCAUUAAGAAACAUGGCGGCGCCCACGAAGCGAAAGACAAAAGUGCAGAUGAAAAGACGUUCUCGCUAACGAGUCAGUAUUUGGUUUGUGGACAUUUGUCAGAUAGCGAAACUUCGACGAGCGAAAGGCUUGUCAGUCAAGAUGGCGGCCAAGCAGAUGAGGGCAGCAUGUGCGAGAAUCUCCCGUUUUUACCUGAGCUUGGCACCGAUUGUUUGGACAGCUAUGAAACAGCAGUGGUUGAAAACAAUGCCGAAUGGCUGAAAGCAAGGUGCAAAAAUUUAAGCCAAGUGGAAUUUGACAUUGGACCACAAGUGGCAUCUGAUGAGCAUAUUGAAUUUUCAGUAAUUCCUUUAGAUGGAAAGGAAGGCAUCAAUGCUGACAGCCUUAUUACGAGUAAAACAACGUCUGUUCACAAUCCCAGUCAAAGCUCACAUAUAAUUACUUGUACGCAAGGUGCUCAGUAUGCCACACCGUAUCUGUCAUUAUCUGGGACAAAUGUCAAAUCCGAGUCAUGGCAACCAGAGCCAUGCUCCUCUUCUAAUUUGCUUCAAAGCAUUAUUUUGAAUGACGGAAAUAACCAGCGCACUGUCUUAAUUAAUGAUAAUAAUGAAAUAGAUCUUGGAACCUUUGAUAUAAAUCUGCUUAAAUCCAACAAUAAUUUGACGUAUAAAGAUGGGGUGCUGACAAUCUUGCCAGUUGAUUCUUCAGAAAUUGAAGCUACGUGUAAUGUUCAGUCUCAAAUUGUUAACAAUACUUACAGCUCGAGUGAUGAUUUAAACAAAGAACCUUUGACACAAAAUCUACAUGAACAGGAAAGCAUUCCAAACAUGGGAACAAUAAUUCUGAAUGCCAACAAUGUUAAUAAUGGUCAUACAAAUCAGGAAAGCUUGGCAUUAACUACUAUAUCAAUUGCUGCAGAUAAGACAACCGAUUCCACCAAAAUUUUUGUAGAUACAAGUCAAGGACGCCAGCUGUAUGAACUGAACAUUUCAGACCUCAUAAAGUUACAGCAUUCAGCAUCAGAAGUUAAACCAGUUUUAAAUGGUGCUCCAACACAAAGCUAUAUCUUGCUUGGGAAUCCCAGUAAAACCAGUAAUGGAACCACUGCCACAAUAGUGCAACAAAAUGACACUCACAUUCAGUUGGAGGUGCAAGGAAAGGACAAAAAUAAACCACAGAUGAUGUACAUGUGCAGUGCUGAAGGUUGCGGCAAAGUGUUUAAAAACAUGUCCAAGUUGACAGUUCAUGUCAUGACCCAUUCAGGGGAACGGCCAUUCAGGUGUACAGAGCCUGGAUGUGACUGGGCAUUCACGAAGCUGUACAAGUUGAAACGUCAUCAGGAGUCACACAAGGGCAGCAAGGAGUUUCAGUGUGAGAAGUGCAACAAGAAGUUCACAACCAUUUACAACCUGAAGACCCACCUGCUUACACACACCCGUCCCUGCACCGAGCAGUGCCCCUUCGAUGGCUGUGACCUCAAGUUCCAGACACGCAGGGAGCUCGAUAAACACCUCAAAACACACGAGGGCAUCGAGAAAACAUACAAGUGCCCAUAUGAGGGGUGUAAUAAGCUGUUCCUGUCCCCCCACUGCCUGGGCUCUCACCCGAGGGUCCACCAGAUAGAGCUCAACGACCUUGUUUGUCAGUUUGAGGGCUGCGGACGCAAGUUUGACAAGAUGUGCCGCCUUAAGCAGCACCAGCGCUCACACACUGGAGAGAAACCCUUCACCUGCAAUUAUCCGGGGUGUGACUGGGCGUUCUCUACUGCGAGCAAGCUGACACGUCACAUGACCAAGCAUACAAACAGCCGCAAGUGGAUCUGCAACGUGUGCGGCAAGGCCUUCCUGAGGUCUGAGCAUCUCAAGGGUCACAUGAUCAGCCAUACUGGCAUCAAACCCUUCAUCUGCCCUGUGGAAGGCUGCAAUCAGAAGUUUGUUUCUAAGAGCAGCGUUUAUGUGCACAUUAAGAAGCAUAAAAACAAGGGCCAAAGAGUGUCAGACAACAACUCGAUUGUGUACCAUUGCCCCAUGGACCAGUGCCAAGAGCAGUACGACUGCAAAACCAAGCUGCGCUCCCACAUGCUCAAACACUUCCCCGAAACAAUGACACCAGAGGAUGCUUUUGGCAUUAACAUAACUCCACUGUCACAGAAUGGCAUUGGCCCUAAGAGGACUGUUAUCCAACCUGCGGCCGUCAAAGUCAAAACCUCCCAUGAUGGCUCCAUAACCAUAGACCCGCUGGAGUACAUGGCAUCAACAGUUAAUCAGGAUGAUGGCACAGUAACAAAUACACACUACACAGAGGCCUCCAGUGUGUCAACAGCCAGUGAAAAACGGGAACAUACGACGCCAGCAAAACGAAGGAUUCUAGGAAAGAAAGAUUCUGGUGAGCCAGAGCCCAUGAGUUCUGCCCGGACGGACUAUGCAGGCAACAAGCUGCUGAGUGAGAAGGCUAAGAAGAGGCAGAAACUGCUCAGGGAAAAGGCAGGCAACUCAAGUGAAGAAGGUACCGAGUUGAGCACUUCCCUGACUGAUGAGACCUCAACACCCACGGACACACUGGAGACGGACACGUUGAGGUCUCAUGGGAUCACGUUCAGAGACCCGGAGACCGGCGUGCUGUACGUGCAGAUGCAGCUCCUCCAGGAUGACCCUCCGCACCCUGACCUCUACUCAGAUGAGCACAUGAUGACCUCCCAGCUGGACAUGACCUCGGUCUCCCAGGACAACGGGAACCAGGCAGAGUUUGUGGGCUCUACCAUCAACCUGCAGGAUCUGGUGGGGCUUCACCAGACCACUCACUCCAUAGCGGAGAAAGAUCUGUAUGGGGAGGUCCCUAUUUUGAAUGCUUGAUAGGCCCUGAUAAAUACCUCAGAUGUCUCCAUAUUGAACACUGGUUGCAAGGACAUGAAAAAUAGACCUGUAUGGGAGGUUUCUUUAUUGAAAGUCUCAAAAUAUAUCUCUUUGGAUGAUCCCAUAUUAAAAAUUUGAUUUAUCCAGAUACAGAAUUGUAUCGAGAUGUCUCCGUAUUAUGGACAAAUAUUUAGUUUAUAAAGUCUAAGAAGAUAAAUUAAUGUUUAAGUUUUCCCUAUGGUGCUUUGUACUAUCAGAUUUAUGCCUCGCUUCCAAGCUUUUGUUUCCAGUGUUGUGAAUUGCUUAUGUGUUGUUUUGCUACAGGAAACCUUAGACAGUAUACAUCUUUAAUCAUAAAAGUGAUGAGUAUAAUAAAAGUAUUCAUAACAAUAUAAUUUUGUUAAGCAGCUAUAUUAAUGUAUGUUUAUGAGCUUGCAGGUAUUAUCUUUUAUCACAUGCCAUACCCCGUUUGCCAUGUUUUAUAACCAUAACAUAUUUUUUUUAUAUUACACAUGUGUAAUACAACAUUUUUAAGCGUUUUCAUUGGCUUUGUUUUCGCUUAUUGACCAAUCGCAUUUUGUUAUUUUGCUGAAAUGACGUUGCAAUGUCAAAUGACGUCACGAAAUGUAAACAUCAUUCGGAAUUUAUCAUUAUGUGUGCGUAAAUAUUUAUUUAAUUUGCUCAUUUAAAAGCAUGUGAUAAAAAAGAUCUGACACUUGUUGUCAUAUCAUACAUAUUUAAUUAAACUCCAAAGGCUCGCUUACUAACAAAAUUCCUGAACUCUAAUAAAAUAUGGUAUGAUAUGACAACUCGUGUCAGAUCCUAUAUAUGUAUCUAUCAUAACUUACAUUUGUUAUAACUGUGUAUUUGUGAAGAAAAAUAAGUUCUCCUUAUGUUGUUACUGGUAUUUUUGUACGACGAACAAAAACGAUGCGUUUUAUGAGAAUUACUUGGGUUUUUCAGUUGCAUUUGUUAUUAUAGUAUUGUGACUGUUGUCAAUAUGUUAUGAUUAAAACUGGUAUAGCUGA